CCAUGAUCAAAAUGCAUGUCUGAUCACAUUAUUCGCCUGUUGUACUCAUCUAGACAUCGAUGAAUGUGCGCGCCAUGAUAUUUACCCGUGUUAUGGGAAGUGCAUUAAUUUGCCUGGAGAUUAUAUUUGCUUAUGCAACAAUGGAACCUACGGGGAUGCGAAGAAAAAGGAGGGAUGCAUUCCGAUGAAGCAAGGUGAUAAUAAUUAAUGUAGCAUAUAUUUUCCAUUUGUUUGUAAACUUAAUUAGUAUAUAUAAGGUUACGUUUUUGUAAGGCUAGCUAUAGCACUAAAAACACUGUGUGUUGAUGACCCUUGCUGACAGUUUCUUUCUCAAUUGAAUUUAUCUUCGUCUAGCACGAGAUUUAGGUCUACGCAUCGGGCUUGGGGUUGGUGGUGGCACAAUUCUUUUGCUCCUCGCACUAAGUGCUCCCUUUAUAUCAAGCAAAAUGAAGCUGCGCAAGAUGAAAAGAAUGAAAGAGACUUUUUUCAGGCAAAACCAUGGCUUGCUAUUAGGACGAUUGGUAUCACAAAACGCAGAUAUUGGUCAAAGGAUGAUCAUGACUUUACAAGAGCUAGAGAAGGCCACAGACAAUUUUGAUAAAUCUCGUGAAAUUGGUGGUGGAGGACAUGGCGUCGUGUAUAAGGGAAUUUUAGACCUGCAAGUUGUUGCCAUUAAGAAAUCAAGGAUUGUCGUAAAAAGAGAAAUCGAUGACUUUAUAAAUGAAGUUGCAAUUCUUUCUCAAGUCAAUCAUAGAAACGUGGUGAAGCUUCUAGGAUGUUGUCUUGAGACAGAAGUUCCAUUGUUGGUUUAUGAGUUCAUUUCAAAUGGAUCUCUAGAUCACCAUCUUCAUGUUGAUGGACCAAUUUCGCUACCAUGGGAUGAUCGAAUAAGGAUUGCUCUUGAAGUUGCUAGAGCCUUGACUUAUCUACAUUCAGCUACUACAAUACCAAUAUUCCAUAGGGAUAUUAAGGCAUGCAACAUACUUCUCGAUGAAAAUUUAAUAUCAAAGGUAUCAGACUUUGGAGCUUCAAGGUAUAUUCCGAUUGAACAAACUGAAGUGACUACAGCAGUUCAGGGAACAAUUGGCCAUUUAGAUCCCAUGUACUACUAUACAGGUCAUCUAACAGAUAAAAGUGAUGUUUUUAGUUUUGGUGUUCUUCUUAUAGAAUUGCUCACUCGAAAAAGGCCCAUGUAUAGGACUGAUCACGGUGAAAGUCUUGUGUUAUAUUUUGCCUCGCUUCAUAGACAAGGUCAGGUGGUUGAAAUAAUAGAUCCACAAGUCAUGACGGAGGGAGAUGGAGACCAAAUCCAAGAAGUAGCAUCACUAGCUGCAACAUGCACUAAAUUGAAUGGACAAGACCGGCCUACUAUGAGAGAUGUGGAAAUGACACUUGAAAACUUGCGAGUCAAGAAGAAGCUUGCUUCACAUAGUGUAAAAUCAAGUAGAUGUAAUGCAUCUGAAAUUACAAAGCAUUACAUGUUAGUUACAGGCCAGGGAAGCAAGGAAAUGAGCAGACAAUACAGCAUGGAAGAGGAGAUGUUGUUGUCUGAAAGGUAUCCUCGUUGAUAUUGUGUUUUUGGCGUCACCGUUACCAACAAUCCUUUUGUCCAAUUAGGUGGUAUAUGUCGUCGUUUUCUACUUAUAUGUGUUGAGUUGUGAUCCAAAUUCAUUUGCACUUAAUAAAAGCCAGCUUCUGGCCCCUGAUGUUCCUGAAAAGUAAGGUUAAUAAAUGAGCAAAAGAACGUAUAUCAUCAAUUGCAUUUGCAGCUAAGUGAAUUGUCAUAGCCAUUUCCAUCAAAGAAAUAUUAGCCGAGCAUAAGAUAUGUUGCCUCAUGAAGGACUCUUGCAGCCAAUUGCUCUGGAGUAUCAUUGGCUA